AGCGAUCCCUGGAAUUUCACCCUUGCGGGUUCCGGCGUCCUUGGCUUUGCUCUGUCACACGAGCAGCUCACUGGCUGCCUGGCUGAGGCUCUCCCCUUCCUGCCCUCCCUGUCCUGCUGCAGAGGUGGCCAGCGAGUGCCCCAGACUGGCAUGGGGACGUGGCAAGGGGCUGUGCUGUGCCCAGGGAGCCCCUGUCCCUGGGUGCUGGCCUGUGAGCCACCGGGAGGGAUGUGGGGCAGGUCACUCCCAGCUGGGCGGGUGCAGGGCUGAGUUUGGGGUUUGUGUGCCAGCCAGGACGGUGCAGGGCUGAGUGUGGGGUUUAUGUGCCAGCCAGGACGGUGCAGGGCUGAGUUUGGGGUUUGUGUGCCAGCCAGGAUGGCGCUCGCUGACCUCUCCGGGGCUGGCACUGCCUCUCUGUAAUUAUGUCUUUAAUCCCAGAUCGAUGAAGACAGCGGCUGGAAUGAGGGAGGUGGCAUGCCCUGGUGGCAGAGGAAAGCUGGGAGAGACCCUGUUCCGCUGGCACCUCUUGCCCGUCGUGGAGCUGUGCCCAGUGCUCACAGGGCAGGAGUGACAACCGUGUAGGCGGGGCAGCCCCAGGCACUCAAGAGUUGUUGCCCCUCUGCUUAACACGACCUGAUCCUGCUGGGAGACCCUCGGGUGGCCCCCGCUGAGCGUCUGCUGGUCCAUGUCAGCCGUGGGCUCACCCGGCCUGGGAGCACAGCCAGCCCCGAUGGGACAGAGACCUGCCCCCAAGAGCCCCUCAGCUCUCUUCCCUCCUGCUUCCUCACUGUGGUGGCUGGGCUGUUUCUCCCAUGACUCUCUGCGUCUAGAUCUGGCUGUCCCCGUGCCUUUGCCAAUCAAACCUGAACUUCCUCCUCUGACAGUGAAGAGAGGGGCUCCUGCCCCUUCUGGGUCACUUUUCCUCCCCUCACCUUGACUCCAAGCCGCCUCCGCUCGUGCGUCCCCGCGCCCCCCGCCCUGCCUGCCCCGGGCACCCGUCACCCAUGGACGACUCGGAAGUGGAGUCGACCGCCAGCAUCCUUGCCUCUGUCAAGGAGCAGGAGGCACAGUUCGAGAAGCUGACCCGGGCCCUGGAGGAGGAACGGCGCCAUGUCUCAGCCCAGCUGGAGCGAGUCCGGGUCUCCCCACAGGACGCCGGGCCGGGCUUGGCCAACGGCACGCUCACCCGGCGGCACCAGAACGGACGUUUCUUGGGCGAUGCUGACCUGGAAAGGCAGAAGUAUUCAGAUCUGAAGCUGAACGGGCCACAGGACCACAGCCACCUCUUGUACAGCACAAUCCCCAGGAUGCAGGACCCGGGCCAGAUCGUGGAGGAGACGUACACCAUGGAGGAAGACCCGGAAGGGGCCAUGUCAGUCGUGUCUGUGGAGACGUCAGAUGAUGGGACAACCCGGCGUACGGAGACCACGGUGAAGAAAGUGGUGAAGACCGUGACCACCCGGACAGUGCAGCAGGUGCCGGUGGGGCCCGACGGGCUCCCUUUGGAAACCUCCCCCGUCACCAGCAACUACGUCCAGACCAUGGACAGGAACUUCCGCAAGAACGGCAACGGGGGCCCCGGCAGCUACCUGAGCCAGGCAGGCACGGCCACCCUCCCUCGCAACUACCACUACCCCGACGGCUACGGCCGCCCCUACGAGGACGGCUACCCGGGCAGCGACCACAGCUACGGCAGCCUGUCCCGCGUCACCCGCAUCGACGAGCGCUACCGUCCCUCCAUGGACACCUACCGCGCCCCCAGCCGCCAGGACAUCUACGGCCCCCAGCCCCAGGUGCGCGUCGGGGGCAGCAACAUGGACCUCAACCACUUCCACCCCGAGCCGUACGGCCUGGAGGACGACCAGCGCAGCGUGGGCUUCGAGGACGUGGACUACGGGCUCAUGUCCGACUACGGCACGGCCAGGAGGGCGGGCACCCCCUCGGAUGCCCGGCGGCGGCUCAGGAGCUACGAAGACAUGCUGGUGGACGACGUGGCCCCGGACCGGUACUACUGGGCCCCGCUGGCCCAGCACGAGCGGGGCAGCCUGGCCAGCCUGGACAGCCUGCGGAAGGGAGCUCCGGCGCCGGGGAACUGGCGCCAGCCGGAGCUGCCGGAGGUGAUCGCCAUGCUGAGCUUCCGGCUGGACGCCGUCAAGUCCAACGCGGCCGCCUACCUGCAGCACCUGUGCUACCGCAACGACAAGGUGAAGACGGAGGUGCGCCGGCUCAAGGGCAUCCCCGUGCUGGUGGGGCUGCUGGACCACCCCAAGAAGGAGGUGCACUACGGCGCCUGCGGGGCCCUCAAGAACAUCUCCUUCGGCAAGGACCAGGACAACAAGAUCGCCAUCAAGAACUGCGACGGCGUGCCCGCGCUGGUGCGCCUGCUGCGGAAGGCCCACGACAUGGACCUCACGGAGGUCAUCACAGGGACGCUGUGGAACCUGUCCUCGCACGACUCCAUCAAGAUGGCCAUCGUGGAUCACGCGCUACACGCUCUGACCGACGAGGUGGUCAUUCCCCGCUCCGGCUGGGAGCGGGAGCCCAACGAGGACUCCAAACCCCGCCACAUCGAGUGGGAGUCGGUGCUCACCAACACCGCCGGCUGCCUUAGGAACGUGAGCUCGGAGCGGAGCGAGGCCCGUCGGAAGCUGCGGGAAUGUGACGGGCUGGUGGACGCCCUGAUCUACAUCGUGCAGUCCGAGAUCGGCCAGAAGGACUCAGACAGCAAGCUGGUGGAGAACUGUGUGUGCCUGCUGAGAAACUUGUCCUACCAAGUGCACCGGGAGAUCCCCCACGCCGAGCGCUACCAGGAGACUCCCCUGGUCCCUGCCAACAACGCCGGGCCCCACGCCGCCAGCUGCUUCGGUGCCAAGAAGGGCAAAGACGAGUGGUUCUCCAGAGGUAAAAAGCUCCCAGAAGACCCUGGUGCCGACACAGUGGAUUUUCCCAAAAGAACAACUCCUGCCAAAGGCUACGAGCUCCUCUUCCAGCCAGAAGUGGUGAGGAUAUACAUCUCCCUCCUGAAGGAGAGCAAGACUCCGGCCAUCCUGGAGGCUUCGGCGGGAGCCAUCCAGAACCUGUGUGCUGGCAGCUGGACGUACGGCCGGUACAUCCGCUCGGCGCUGCGCCAGGAGAAGGGGCUCUCUGCCAUCGCCGACCUGCUGAGCCACGACAGCGAGCGCGUGGUGAAGGCGGCGUCCGGCGCCCUGCGCAACCUGGCCGUGGACCUGCGGAACAAGGAGCUGAUCGGCAAGCACGCCAUCCCCAACCUGGUGAAGAACCUGCCUGGAGGCCAGCAGACCCCUGCCAAAAACCUCUCUGAGGACACGGUGGUGUCCAUCCUCAACACCAUCAACGAAGUGAUCGUGGACAACCUCGAGGCCGCCAAGAAGCUGCGGGAAACGCAGGGGAUUGAGAAGCUGGUGCUGAUCAACAAAUCUGGGAACCGCUCAGAGAGAGAAGUCCGAGCAGCCGCCCUCGUCUUGCAGACAGUCUGGGGCUACAAGGAGCUGCGGAAGCCCCUCGAGAAGGAAGGCUGGAAGAAGUCAGAUUUCCAGGUGAACCUGAGCAAUGCCUCUCGGACCCAGGGAGGCAACUCAUUUGAUGACAGCACCUUGCCUCUCAUCGACAGGAACCAAAAAACAGAUAAGAAAUCCUCCCGGGAGGAGAUCCAGAUGAGCAACAUGGGACCAGACAACUAUUCCACACUCAACGAGAGGGACCACAGCAGGACGCUGGAGCGAUCCGGUGACCUGGGAGAGAUGGAGCCGGUGAAGGCAGCGCCGCUGAUGCAGGAGGAGGAGGGGCAGGAGCCGCAGCCUGAGGUAGAGGAGGCGGAGGAAGAAGCUGCUGUGCUUUCCCCCGUGUCGGUAUGUCCCGCGGUGUCCUGCCCAAUCUGACAGUGGUGACAGAUCCUGCUGUGCUGUUAGGGGUGCUUGGCCAGCCAAAUCCUGCUCCCGUUGAUCGAUCUCUGCUGCCGUGGUGCCGCCUCCGCCGCUCGCUCCCGCCCCAGCCCUGCUAACGCCUCUCCCUCUCUCUCCACAGCAGAAGAUCUAGCUGGCCUGCCCACCUCCGCUCCGUUUGGGUUGAUAAUAUAUUAUAUAUAUAAAUAUAUAACUCUUCACGGUGGAAUGGACCGACUUUUACCUUGUCUUACUGUUGGAAUUUUUGCUGGACUCCUUGUGCCAACCAUCCAGCCAAACCAUGCCUGGGCUGGCUCCCCGGGGGCCACUCGGCCUCCUCUGGGCCUCUGCACCUCCCCGUCCCGGGACACCACGACUGAGAGCUCCUCCUCCCGUCCUCCACCACCACCUCCUUCCUCCCGAGGGGUAAAACCUCUUCCUGCCUGACUCUGCCGGAUCAGCCGGCGUGGAUGCUGCACAAGGACUCGGAUCUCUGCCUUGACCAGGAGCUGCCUUCUCUCCCACGCCUUCCCCCUGCUGCAAGGCAUCUGCAGGGACAGGGACUGGGACCUCACUCGCCGCCGCCUUGUUUUUGGUUUGGUUUCGUUGCCUAUAGGAUGUAUUUUUUUCGUGCGGGAUCACUCUUCAGCCAGGGACAGCACAGACAUCCCUCCUCCCUGGGGGCUGCAGGACCGGGGUCCAGGGGCUGGAGCCGUGGUGGGGAGGGCGAGAGGAAGGACAGCCAGCAGCCAGCAAUAACUUCUCUUGCUUUGCUCUAGACGAGGCUUUGGGGGGUGUGGGAAGGGGGAUGUGGCUCUGGAUCCUGCGGACGGGUCUGGAUGGGGGAGCCCCAGCUCCCACCCGGUGCCUGUGUGAGGAGGAUCCUUAUGUGGGGAAGAGGGUCAGUGCUGGGGCGAGGGACGGGCCUCCCGGGGCGGAGGUGUGAGGGGUCCCUGCGGAGGGAGGAGACGCGGUAGGAUUUUGGGGAGAGGGCUCGGGGUGUGCCGUGCCGGGCGGCUGGAGCCGGGACCCCCACGGCGCUGCCCCCCCUGACUUUCUCUUGACACGUGCCUUUCUUUUGCCACUGUGAAAUAGCUGUUUGAAUCGUACUGUCCGGCUGCUUCCCUGGGGAAGGGGAGUUCCCGGGGCUUCCAGCAGGGCUGAACUCCUCCCUUCCCCACCGGGAGCCUUCCCUGUCUGCAGUGGGGCUGGGAGCCUGUUUCUGGGGGGAACCCACCCCCCCUGCCCUUGCUGAGAGGGUUCAGGGCAUUGCCAUCCAGGCCUGGGGAGCCUGGGCUGCCACGGGAGCUGGGAUGUGCUCCUCCUCCUCCUCUUGGCUGUGGUGCUGGGGCACACUGACGUGCUGUGAUCUUCUGGGGGGCCCUGCUGCUCCCUGUGCAACUGGAAGUCUCUGUAGGAGGCUGCAAACUGGAGCAGGAGCCCUCCCAGCCCGGGGCUCCCCCCGGGAGGGGUGUGGGGAGGUGGCAGGGGCAGAGCUGGUGCCUUGCUCCUGCCUUGAAUCUCCCCCCCCAGCACCAGCUGGGCCCUCCCUGCUUCCAGCCCCACCUCAGCUCGGUUGGGUUUUGUUCUGGGGUCUAACUCUUCUCUUUUCCUUUAAAUAUGUAAAACACUAAUUCCUUUUUUAAUUUUUAAUUCUAAAUGAACCAAAAAGACAGCGUCCCCCUCCUCUCCUCCUCGGCCCUGCUGGGGAGGGGGGCUAAGGAGGGGAGGAGGGGGAAGCACCAAGCCGUUCCUUGUCUGAUUCCUGUGCACACUCUUGUAACGCUUUGAAAACAAAAUGAUUUUUUUAUAUAAAUAAAGUUUUUAAAGUGUG